AUGGCGCACGGCGAGGACCUGUUCUCGCGAGGCCCCGAGCCUGAGCGCGCCCUUCAUGUGCCAGAGCGACUGCACCGGGAGGUUGUUGGCGAUCAGCGCGGCGCAGAUGCAGUAGGAGGUUUCGGUCUGGGUGAGGAUCCCGUGGAAGUGGAAGAGCGGUCCGAAGAUCAGGGAGAGCGCGGAGUAGGGGUAGUCGGGGUGGACGCUGGCCAGCAGGCGCAGGGUCUGGUCCGUCUCGUCGCCGUAGAUGGACUGGAAGUAGGUGUACCCGCGGUGGUGGAGCUCGGUGACGGGGACGGUGGGGUCUCUGAGCGGGGUGUCGAGGACGCCUGUGGUGAAGAUGGCCUCGCGCACGGAGGCGAGCAGGUCGACUUUGGCGCUGUGGUCCUGCGCGCGGCUAAGCAGGAAGGCGACGAGGUCGACGAGGAGGUCGAGUUUGCGCUGGACGGUGAAGCAGAUGGCCGCGAGCAGGUACCACGGGUUGCGGGCGGCGGUGUCGAGCGGCUCGGCGAUGCGCUGCAGCUGUGCGAGCAGCUGGGGCAGUUGUUGGUUUGUCGUCAUCAAGCGGUAUCUGUGCACGGCGAGGAGGUAUCUGAAGAUAAAUAUGGGGACUGCGCAUCGGGCAAUCUCGGAGCGAUUGCGCGAGCGCGAGAUAGCGAGCUGGUGAGAGGGCGCACGGCGGUGGUCACUGGCGGGGGCAACGGCAUUGGGCGGGAGGUUGUGAGGCUGCUGGUGAGCAAAGGCGCGAACGUGUGCUUUGUGGACCUGAGCGAGGAGGAGUCGGGCAGCCUGGUACGCGAGCUGGCGAGCGCGCGGGUGCUGUACCAAAAGGCGGACGUGACGUCGUGGGCCGGACUGCGCGGCGCGUUUGAGAGCGCGUGGAGGCGGUUUGGCUCGAUCGACAUGGUGGUGCCGGCGGCGGGGAUCAUGGAGACGAAGGACUUUCUCGCGGAGGAGGUGGUGGACGGCGAGCUGCAGGCGCCGUCGUACGCGGCGCUGGACAUCAACCAGAAGGGCGUGCUGAACGCGGUGAAGCUUGCGCUGUUCUACUUCAAGAAGCGUGGCGAGAGGGAGAGCCGAGCGAGCCGGGUGAAGUCGAUCGUGCUUGUUGCGUCGACGUCGGGGUACUUUGGCGGGCUGGGGCAGCUGACGUACAAGGUUGCGAAGCACGGGGUGGUGGGCAUCCUGCGCGGGCUGCAGGCGCACCAGGCGGAGGGCGGGUUUGUGGUGAACUGCGUUGCGCCGUCGUACACGGAGACGUACAUGAUGGGCCCGCUGCGGGAUAUCUGGCGACAGGGCGGGGGGCCGGUGAACACGGCGGCGGAGGUUGCGGCUGCGGUUGUGCAGCUGCUGGUUAGCGAGACAGGGGGACAGACGUGGCUUGUGAGCGACGGGGAGGUGAGGGAGAUCGAGCGGGCGCUGGCGGGGCUGGCACCGCAGUGGUGCGGCGAGGCUGCGCUGGCGAAGCUGCGCCGGGGCGGGCAGAUCCUUGCUGAGGUGGGGAGGUAUCCGCUUCCCGCUGCGCGGCAAGAAUACGAGUGA